GGAGCAAGACAGGCAACCAGUGCACAGAUUGAGAAGGUGCUGUGAAAGUUGAUGGACCAUCAACUAUGUUCACAACUUAUUUUUAGGGAGCCCACACUAGAUAUGCAAUUGCAGAUAGGGACCCCACACAACAGUUGGGCUAAUCUGUCAUUUUUCGUUUCUCACUCUUGAAUUCAGUUCUCCACAUUUACACAUCAGUUAGUAAUUUUUUUAAAAGUCCUUUUGAAAAUUCACCAGCAUUUUACUGUUAAUCUGUCUGAAUAAACACAUCUUUCUGUGCAAUUUUGCCUAAAAUACACAAUUUUUAGCUGUCUUAAGCCCCUUAUAUAAUGCAUUCUUGUAUGCUCUUUUUCACUAGUAUUUGCAUUUUUGCACAGUUUCCCCUAAUAAGUGCAUUUGUACAGAAGGCUUGGCAGGAAAGCUGCAUUGCAAGCACAAAUUCUGAAGGAUGGCUUCGAUGCCCUAUAACCGUGAAUUUGAUCUGCUGCCAAGGUCUUGAGCAGCUGUAAAAGGCACCAUAUGACCUGACUUUGACAUCUGUUCCAGAAAGUCCAACAUGUUAAGUGAAAGCAAGCUCAUAUCGGAAUUUGACCACACCCUGCAUUGCCACUUUCCUCAAGCAAACAUAGCUUGUCUUUCCCUGUCACUGUUUCUACAGCUGCUCAUUUUCUCUUCCACAACUGAGAAGAGUGACUCAGACAACAAAUAUCGAGGAGAGCACUCUGACAGCACCCAGGACAGCAAAACAACGGGUGGCAGCUUCCUUCCAGCUUCCACAUACACUUCCUGCAAUUCUGAAGUUUGCUGCUGGAGCCAAAUAGCUUCUAAACUGGCAAGUAGAAAGACAAUCAGGGAAAGAGUGGGAUUGUGUGAAUGAGAGUAAUGUGAUUUGGUGUUGCUACAGUGUCUACUUAAAGUCCCUGUGGAACUGCUUUGCUGGUUUGAAGUACAGUAUAGCAUAUUUACAGCAACUGCUGUUGUUUAGCUUGCCUUCCCUCUUGCUCCCCUCCCUGACUUAAUGCAACUCCAGGAUCUUGGUGAGGCACUAGAAAUCCUCCAAUGGGGGCUAUAGUCUGACUUCAUCCAAAUCCAGGAUUGUGAUACAGCGCUGCAGGGCCUGAAUGACAAAAACCUUACAUUUAUAUAUGUAUAGGAAGAUAUUUGCUGUUGCAUUGUCACUUCAUUACAUGAUUAUGAAAUUGUUCUUAUGGUGGUUUGCAGAGAAGGGGUAGUGAACAGUGGAAUUAUGGGAUGGAAGGGAGAAAAGUCAAAGAAGGGGGCAGGGGGGCCUGUUUCAAAAACUGUGGGAAGACUGUGAAAGAACAUUGAAGGAAUGUGGGCACAUCAAAUAGAAGAAGGCCAUGGCUGAGCCACGUUUUUCAGCAAAGGAGCCUGAAUAGUAACCAGAUAGUAACCAAAGAUCCAACUACCGUCAUAUCAGAGCUCAGCUGGGGCCCGGCUGCCACACCCAGUUCCGACUCUCCUGACCUUGGACAGGAGAGUCCAGGUCCUGCUGUCUUGAAGGAAGAAAUGGACGAUGGUCAGCCACAGAGAAAUGUCCUACGCCAGAGAAGGAAUCAUCCCGAAGCAAGAGCAAAUGAAGGACCUGCAAUGCAAGAGAAUCAACAGUGUGUAAACCAAAGAACUAUUAUCAUAGCUGUAAUCAUAAGCAUCCUAUUAAUAGUUUGGUGGGCAGCACAGUAUACUAAUCAGCCAUACUGUGAGGUGUCAUCUGUUCGAGCCUGUCCAGCUUUGUGGAUCAACUAUGAGGGAAAAUGCUACUUUUUCUCAGAGGAAAAAGGAGAUUGGGCUUCCAGUCAGAUAUUUUGUGAUUCACAUAAUUCCGUCCUGGCUGUGAUUGACAGUGAGCAAGAAAAGGCAUUCAUUCUGCGCUACAUCAGGGACACUGGUCACUGGAUUGGCCUGAGGAAGGACUCUGGACAAACCUGGAAAUGGGGAAAUGGGCAAGAAUUCAAGAACACGUUGGAGCUGAAAGAAGACGGAGAGUGUGCAUUUCUGAGCACUGACAUUGCCGUGUCAGAUUGUCAGGUAGCAAGAAACUGGAUCUGUAGCCAGCCUGAUACUUAUACAAGGAGCAGAAGUUAGGGCACCAUCCUAACCCAAGAUCCACUGGGGUGAACAGGCAACAUAGGAGAUGCAAAUGAGAACUCCAGCCAGUAAUCUGGUCUCUGCAUUUUUGGACCAACUAAAUUUUCCAAGUCUCCAUCAAGGGCAGCUUUUCCUCUCUUUGAAGCAGAGAAUGGCCAACUUGGCUUAAUCAUGCUGUUGUCUUGAGUCUUUUGUUGGAGGUGAAAGAAGAAAAUCAAGUGUGCAUUUCUGAGCCACUUUCUAAAGCAGCGCCCAUAUAUUCUGUCUCUUUCAUUUCCAUGUAAUAAACCAAAUCCUUACAACUUCCUCAUAUGACAAAUUCUUGAUUAGGCAAAAGUGUUAAAGGCAUGCACACAUUUUAAAUGGACGCAUAUACUGACCCCGUGCAAAAGGCUCCAUUCCUCUCGAGAGUGUACGUCAAGUCUAUACACAUAUGUGGGUUUAGACAUACCAUUGACACAUAUGUGCAAACAGAUGGACCCCUGGGAACAAGUGGUUCCAUUCCUAUGUGUGGUCUAGUCCAGAGAGUAGCAUUGAGAUAGUGCUUUUUGAACCCGUGGCAUUUGUGCUAUUGGGUUCUGUAGGGCACUUUCUGCCUCCAGUUCUACUUAAUAUGAAGCCAUUGGGAGUUCUGGAAUAUGGUGCCAUCAGCACUCUAAUGACAUGUAGCUCAAUAAGUUCUGUAUUGGGAGAGGCUGCGGAAGCCCUGGGAAUCAAAGAGUUGGAAGGUACUUCCAAGGGUUCAACCCCCUACAAUGCAGUAAUCUCAACUAAAGCAGCCGUGACAGAUGGCAACCCCCGUUUUGAUGGGGAUUGCUUUCUGGGUCAUCGCACACAAUGGUGGACCACAUGUAAGCCCACCCCGCCCCAUUAUGCCCAAACCGUAUUACAACCCCUUUUCCUUCACUUCUGGGUCCACAGCAAUGCAUGGGUGCACGGUUGUGUGUGCUUUGAACAUGCGGAAAAUGGUUGUUGCCUGUAAAUAACUUGUGGGUACUCCUGGG